AAAACAAAAAAAAAAUCACAAAGGAAUCAAAUUUAUCGUAUAAUGGGUCGGAUUAAGCUUUUACUAUCGAUAUUAUUGUCCUUAUUAAUCGUGUUACUUUGUUUAUUCUUCAUGAUAACACAUGUGGGCAAGGAGUCGCAGGGUGGUGAAAAUGACAUCAACUGGUGGUGUGGGACGACUCCUCACCCGAAGCAUUGCAAGCAUUCUCUCGGCGGAAACAACUCCCAACCACCACAAAAUAGAGAUGAUAUCCGGAUAGUAGCUUUGGAAGCUGCUUUGAAACUUGCCGAUCAUACUCAAGGUUUCACUAGGAAUCUUGAGAAACUAUGCCGGAGCAAACGGAAGAAAGCUGUCUGGAAAGAUUGCUACAAGCUCGUAAACAACACCAUUAUCCAACUCAAUCAAACCCUAAUAGGUCUCAAAGACCAUAAAAUCUCCGAUGUUGAUGCUCAGACAUGGCUCAGCACCGCCCUGACCAAUCUCCAGAUUUGUUUCUCUGGCUCCGGCGAGCUGAAUUUGACAAACUUUGUAGCUCCUAUCAAAACCAGUAACUUGACGAAGAUGAUAAGCAAUAGUUUGGCUAUAAAUCAGUACUUCUUGAAGCAAACACAGGCUUCCGAAAAAGUGGAGGACUUUCCGACAUGGGUUACAAGUAAAGAUCGGAAACUGCUGCAAACGGGGUCAAUCUACUCUAGGGCUAACGUCACGGUGUCUCAGGCGAAAGGAAGCAAGUUCCGAACAAUUCAAUCAGCACUCGAUCAUGCAGCAAGUAUUAAACGUGGAGAUGGGAGAUAUAUCAUCUACAUAAAACGAGGUGUUUAUAAGGAGAAUAUUGAGAUUGGAAAUGAUCUGAAAAACAUCAUGUUUCUUGGCGAUGGGUUGAGGUACACCAUAAUUACCAGUGACCGGAGUGUCGCCGGAGGUUUCACAACUUAUAGCUCGGCAACCGUAGGUGUGGAUGGAACGGGAUUUAUUGCUCGUGGAAUAACAUUCCGGAACACCGCAGGCCCAGAAAAGUUCCAAGCAGUUGCAUUCCGAUCGGCAUCGGAUCUUUCUGUCUUCUAUGCUUGUAGCUUUGAAGGUUAUCAAGACACUUUAUUUGUCGUAGCUCAACGACAAUUCUACAAACUUUGCUAUAUUUAUGGCACAAUCGAUUUCAUAUUUGGUAAUGCAGCAGUCGUGUUUCAAAACUGCAUGAUUUUAGCAAGAAAACCUUUGAAUGGACAAGCAAAUAUGAUAACAGCUCAAGGUCGUGGUGAUCCAUUCCAAAACACGGGAAUAUCAAUUCAUAAUUCUCGUGUUAUGGCAGCACCUGACUUGAAGCCUUUAGUAGGGUCUGUUCAAACAUUCUUAGGUAGACCAUGGCAAGAAUAUUCUAGGACUGUUUACAUGAAAACAUUCAUCGAUACGCAUGUUAAUCCACAAGGAUGGUCACCAUGGGGGAAUACUGAUUUUGCAUUUAAGACGUUGUAUUAUGGUGAAUAUGAGUGCUUUGGGCCCGGUGCAGCUACACAAAACAGAGUCGAAUGGCCUGGAUAUCAUGACAUAAAGACCCAAAGUGAAGCCUCACAGUUUACCGUAGAAAAUCUUAUAUCGGGUCGGGGUUGGUUGCGGGCUACCGGAAUUCCAUUUAUUGUCGGGUUGUGA